AUGCAUCUCGAAGAUGAGUGGGAAGGGGGCGUUCGUUGGGCUGAUUGGGAUGCUUUCGUAGGGGAGGACUUUGUCGUGAAGCGGCAGAAACGAAGAAGGCAAGGAGACAGUUUUCGGAGCCCGCCUCCCUUCGUGGAGUCGUCAGCUCCGUGGGCAAGGGAAGACACCGGUGAUGAGCCCCUGUUUGGCAUCCGAAAGAAGAUAUUCCGGUACAACACCAAAAACCUCGUCUUCGCGAGCAUCCCGCUCUGUGUCUUCAACGAUGCCUUCAACGCAUGGUCAAUGUCCAUCAAGAUUUUUCUACGUGGGGGUCCGCUCACGUGGGUGUCAGACUCCCCACAAAGAGCGAAGCUCCUGUACUGCAAGCACCCCAACAAUUCCACCAAGCUACCGUGCCCGUAUUGCAAGUUCGACCAAGACGAACGUCUUCCAACUUGCGGCGACCUCGGGAACGCAAGGCACGACGUUGAGGCAAACAGGCGGACGUGGGGGGAAGCCCAAGAUGGCUGGCGCGAGUUGCAGGCAUUGGACUUGGCCCCGAACGAGCAGACGAAGCGCUCGGCGGAACUGGGAAUAUGGCGCCUACGGGAGUUAGCGGCGGUGUCCUCGGACGCCCGCUGUGGGACAAGGUGUUUAUAAACCCUGCACGGCACGUCCCCGUCGAGAGUCUUCAUGCCGAUGCGCUGGGGGCGCAGACGUUGGUGUAGUUUUUUUUUCUGGCCCUCCUGAACGAAGCUGGCCGGGGAGUGAUCUCCUCCAUCCUACGGCAAGGCAGCACGCUGUACCCACCAGCUACAGCACCAUUGAAAGACAUAUGCACCAAGUAUUCCUCCCUGAAGGGUAGUGACACGUGGCUAUUGGGAUCGAUCCUGCUGCUUGUGUCCCGCUGUGUCCUCCAUGACGCGACAGCACUGGUAAUAUUGGUCUGUAUUGCCUACACGUGAGGGUGCGGGUUGUUUUGCGGGUUCAUGCGAUAUGCCGUGGUUCCCGUGAAAAUACUGCUUAUUACCAAUAAACGAUUGAGAUGUUAUGCCCGCGGCCCCCUGCAAAUAUACGAUAAUGUCGACGGGUGCGUUAUGAUGAGCUACCGUAGGGUUGCGGAGACUAUGUGGACAACCACCAAUGUCCAAGCACCUUUUUUUUUUUUGUUCACCUUUUCGCGUCCAUCUUGCGCAGAAAGAGUACGUGAAGCCACGAGAACUACAAGCCUUGAAAGACACAUGGGGAGGAGAGCAGGCCGUGUUGGCGCAACUGCGGA